GAACCGCGUGCUAUAGGGUAAACAUAAAUAUUGUGCGUCGCCGUGCGCAGGCGCAUUGAUUUCUUGCUUCGCGCGCACUGCACUCGAACACACCGUCAUCAUGAAACUAGAGAAGAGCCUUACCGUCGAUACUAUUAACCAGAAUCUCCUGAACAUAGAAUAUGCAGUGAGAGGACCCAUCGUGCAGCGAGCGAUCCAGAUCGAACGAGAGUUGGAAAAGGGCGUCCCAAAGCCAUUCGAUCGCGUGAUACGAGCGAACAUCGGUGACUGUCACGCGCUGGGACAGAAACCCAUCACAUUCAUUAGACAGGUGUUGGCGCUGGCGUCAUGUCCGCAGCUGAUGAGCUCGCCGCACGUGCCUCAGGAUGUGAAGGAGCGCGUCCAGGAGAUACUUGAUGACUGCACGAAAGGCUCAGUGGGUUCAUACUCCCCUUCUAACGGGCUGCGUAUCGUCCGCUCGCGCGUGGCGCAGUACAUCUCCGCGAGGGACGGCAUCCCCGCCUUCCCAGAGGACAUAUGGCUGGGAUCAGGCGCCUCUGACGUCAUAAAAGCUGUGCUCACCAUGUUCAUUGAGAAUGUUGACGGGAAACCUCCUGCGAUAAUGAUUCCAAUCCCUCAAUACCCGCUAUUCUCUGGCACGCUCUCUGAACUUGGCCUCCGUCGCGCCAACUACUACCUGGACGAGGAGAAUGGAUGGGCGCUGCAGGUGGACGAGCUGGAGAGGAGCUGGCGGGAGGCGAGCGUUGAGUCCAGGGUCCGCGCUAUCGUAGUCAUUAACCCAGGGAACCCUACCGGACAGGUGCUAACUCGUAGUAACAUUGAAGAGAUCGUAAAAUUCGCGUACGAGCACAACUUAUUCAUCAUGGCGGACGAAGUGUACCAGGAGAACAUAGUCUGCAAGCCGUUCUACUCAUUCAAAAAAGUGAUGCACGAAAUGGGCCCGCCAUACUCUAACAUGGAACUGGCGAGUUUCGUGACUUGCUCAAAGGGUUGGGCGGCGGAGUGCGGGCUGCGGUCAGGGUACGUGGAGCUCGUCAAUCUGCAGCCCGAGGUUCAGCGAGCCUACAACACCGCGCGGGCUGUCAUGCAGUGUCCUACUGUGCUGGGACAGUGCAUACUGGAUUGUGUGAUGAAACCUCCCAGUCCCGGAGAGCCGUCCUAUGAGUUAUUCAAAAAAGAGCUCUCAGACGUUCACCAAACGCUCACCGAACGCACUAACACAGCGUAUGAGACCUUCAACUCAAUCCCGGGUUACUUCUGCAACCCAAUUGAUGGUUCUAUGUUCGCGUACCCUCGGAUCUCGAUGCCCGAGAGUGCCCAGCUCGCGGCGCGGGAAGUCAACAUGAGCCCUGAUGAGUUCUACUGCUUGAGGCUUCUAGAAGAGACCGGUGUAUGUGUAGUGCCAGGCACAGGGUUCGGCCAGCUCCCGGGCACGUUCCACUUCAGGACCACGAUCUUGCACCCUAAGGACGAGUUCCAGCACAUGAUGGACGCCAUCAGGAGUUUUCACAUCAACUUCUUGCAAAUGUUCUCUUAGUUGAAACAUAGCACAAAUUAUUUAUAUUUUUCCGCCUAAAAUCUCACGCAAGAAAAAAUUAUUUUGCUUGAUUGCGAGAAUGUAGAAAUGAAAGCUUGCUUGCAAAGUCUUAUCAAGUGAUUUCCGUUUUCGUCAAUAGUUUCGCUUUUUUUUCUAUAUAGAGGAAAUGACAGCACAGUGGUGUAAGAAAUAAGACACCGACCUAUGUUACCAAUUUGAAGCGACGCGUAGUCAGUGUAACGUUCCGCGACGCUGCCAUCAUGUAUAUCCACACGACUACCAUACGUAAGGUGUAAAAUCCGCCCACAUCCGUCGUGUUUUGGGAUCAGCCUGUGUAUAUCCGAUAACAAACAAGCAACAAUUGUGUCGACUGAUGAUCAUAUGGGGUGGGGUAAUCUGUCGUUAAUCGACAUUCGUAUCUAGAUAGAACUACUACUACUUACUUACUUCUACUCCACUGAACAUCAGGUGCUGUGGGGUCAUUUUGCCGUGCUCGUGCGCAAAAAAUCGUGGCUAGUUAUUUUUCUCGAAUUUAUUUCUCUUUCGUGUUAGUCAUCGCUUUAAUAGAGUAGUUUACUUUGUCUACAUAUAAUUAAAAAUGCAUAAAUAAGACACUUCUCACCUUAAGCAAUGUUAUUACUUUAUUUUGAUUUGAUAAAAUAACGGACAAAUCGUUUAUUCCAUUUUUUUAAUUUAAAUUUUUCUACUAAAGUACGAAAAGGUUGUCGCCAUUAUAUAGUUAAUAUUAUAUUGUCCACAAUAAAUUAUUUUCCGGUGGAUUAGUAAGUUUUCAAAUAGUUAUUUAUUAAGAAACUUGUACAUUGUAUAAAUCAAUAGUAAAAUAUCAACACUUGAUAACCGUUGUAUAUUAGGGUGACGUCACGAAUCAAAGUAGUAUAGCGGCUAGCGUUUUCGUAUGAAUAAUUUAAGUAGUUUGAUUUUUAUAUUACUUCGUAAUUUGUCAAAAUUAAAAUAACAUUUUGAGUGAUUUAUCCGUAUAAGUUCAAAGUAAGAAGCAUUUCAAGGAUGAUGAUUAUAGGUACAAUACAAAAUACUCUAUUGUGUUUGGUGUUAUUUUAUUGUUCUGUGUGAUCAAGUACUAUUAAGUUUAAGUAAUAGGAUAUUUUGUAUACUUACAUGUUAUAGUAUUAAUAAAUAUCGCGUAACAUUUUAUAUUGUAAUAUAGAUAACGUAAUUAAUCUCUGCCGAAUAUUCGAAACAUUUUGUUUUGUAUGAAUUUAAAUAGUGAUUGUUAAAGCGAGAUUGCGUUAUUAAUUAUGAAUGUUUUUUGUGUCGAUAAUGUUUCAUUUUACUAAAAUGUAGCACAAAGUUAAAACGAGUCUGAAUAUUUUAGUUUUAUGGAUUUAUGUGAAAAUAAGUAAUAAUUAAUUUGGUAUCCUGUUCCGUUCGGGCUUGUUUGCUGUCACAUCAUAUUAUGUAAAUAAAUUCGGUAAAGCUUUGGAGAAGUGUACAGAUGUGUUUGCCCUUUUAGGGGUUAAGGCGUUAAUCUAUAUUGUAAUUAAUAUUAAACUGCGCAUAGAUAUUUAUAAUUUUCAUUUUGUAAUUAAAAAAAUAUCACUAGCAUACAAAAUUAAUAAAUUAUUAACA